GGAGAAAACGUCUCUUCAGGCGACGGUGGUCUCUAUGGUUACAGGACGGGGUGUUCUGAGGCUGUGAGAGAAGUGGGAGAUGCUUACAGACGCUCGUUGCCGCCUCCUCUUCGCACUGGAAAAUGGCCUCCGGUGCAUUUGGCGUCUGUGUUCUCUCGCCAUCUAAUCUACCUUCUGUUCUCCCGUCUCUCAGCUCAGGUGUCAGGUGGUGGAGUACAAGGAAGAAGUCGAUAUUUAUGUGACCGUUUGCUCUCAACCUUUAGCCUCGUUAGACAUCUCUUCUUCCUUUACUCACCCCGUGCACUCUCCCACAACUAUAUACAUAUACACGUGCUGAGAGGACCCAUUGCUGAGACUGAGUAUUCCUGGCAGACACAUCACUGUCUGGCAGAUUCCUGUGUCACCAUGGAAACCCAGCAUCAGACCUUGAACAAAGAGCCCUGCUGCUGGCUGCUGCUUGAGAGGGCUGGGUUUGCUCUCCAGACUGCAAACGGGUUUUUAGACGCCGACAGUACCAGGUUUGGACAUAAGGCAGCGGGCACGCGGGGAUUUCUGCGCGCACAAGCUGCAGUUACGUGAUGGAUGUAGGUUUAUGGCUGGCUGUAUGGGCAGUUGUCGUCGUUGUCCGAGGUUUUCCAGUGAAACGUCAGCUGCACCUCAAUGUUUGGUCACCGGUUAUUUCAGAGCCUGUGAUCCUCCCGGCGUCCUGACGUCAAUUUAAAAGGACCCACCAGUGCCCGGAGCGGCAGGCAGGCAGAUAACACCGGGGAGGGAAGGAAAGAGAGGGAGACUGAAGCCGGACCAUGAUAGCCUAGUCCUUAUAAAUUGCUGAGCAUUCUGUGACCGACCACGGCCAGAGCUUAAGAAGGGAUUCCCAAUCCAAAAAGUGUAUGCGUGUGUGCAGCUAUGGGGAAGGACUACUACAAGACCCUGGGCAUCCCCAAGGGCUCCAACGAGGAGGAGAUCAAAAAGGCCUACCGGCGCAUGGCACUGCGCUUCCACCCUGACAAGAACAAAGAUGCAAAUGCUGAGGAGAAGUUCAAGGAGAUUGCGGAGGCCUAUGAGGUACUCAGCGACCCCAAGAAGAGGGUCGUCUACGAUCAGCUAGGAGAGGAAGGAUUGAAGACAGGAGGCAGCAGCUCUUCAGGUGCCCCUGGCAGCUCAACAUACCACUACACCUUCCAUGGAGACCCCCACGCCACCUUCGCCUCCUUUUUUGGUGGCUCCAACCCCUUCGACAUGUUUUUUGGCUCCAACCGCAGCCACAGCCGCUCCAAUGGUUUCUCGUUCCACAAUGACCACGACACAGAGCAGGACAUGGAUGUAGAUGAGGAUGACCCCUUCGCUCAUUUUGGGAGACAGUUUGGCUUUCCAGGGGGGAUGAACAACGGCUUCCCAGGGGAGGGCCGCAGGAGGAGGGGGGCGCCGUCAGAGCGCCUGGGCACUGGGCGAAAGCAACAGGACCCUCCAGUGGUCCACGAGCUGAAGGUCUCACUGGAGGAGAUCUUCCACGGCUGCACCAAGCGCAUGAAGAUCACCCGCCGCAGGUUGAACCCGGAUGGGCGGAGCAUGAGGACAGAGGACAAGAUCCUCAACAUAGUCAUCAAGAAGGGCUGGAAGGAGGGAACCAAGAUCACCUUCCCAAAGGAAGGGGACGAGACCCCUGAGAACAUUCCUGCCGACAUAGCCUUUGUGCUUAAAGACAAAGGGCACCCCCACUUCAAGAGAGACGGUUCCAAUAUAAUUUAUAACUGCAAGAUCAGUCUAAAAGAGGCAUUGUGUGGCUGCACAGUUAGCAUUCCCACUCUGGAAAACCGCAUCAUAUCGCUCCCCUGUCAUGACAUCAUCAAGCCAGGGACGGUGAAGCGACUCAGAGGGGAAGGCCUGCCUUUUCCCAAGAACCCGUCACAGCGCGGUGACCUUAUUGUGGACUUUUCUGUCCGUUUUCCUGACAGGAUCCCCCCUCAGUCUAGAGAGAUUAUCAGACAACACCUCCCCCAGUCAUAGGAAGAUUCCCUUUGAACCCCUCCACCACCGCACACUCCUGACUAAAUGGAAAACCAACCAUUAAUACUGCUUCUCCCAUAUUUUGACCCUCAUUGUAGUUUCCACUUCCAGUCGCCAUGUCCUGUGUUAAUACACGCAGCAUUAAACAGACGCCAUUGUUUGUAGGGACUUUGCAGUGGGAGGAUGAGGGAAGAAUUCCAAGAUAAAUGGCAGUAUCAGGAUGUAAUUAUUUGUGUUUGUUUUGUCUUUUGGCCCAAGCACGCACACAAGCACCCGAGCAGUGGAGCGGUGCUGCGGAUGGGCUCAGCACAAUCGUGGCUUUUACCGGAUCGUCUUUUCUUAACUCUGUUUUUUACGGAUUUAUCAGUGGUUUUAUAUGCUGUCCAACUCUCUGAUCCUUGUAUUUUUGUGAUAGGAUGAAGCGUGAGAUAUUUUUUAAAAGAAACAUUUUUUGUAGGAUUUUUUUUUUUUUCAAAGAAGGUUUCAAAUAGGAUUAUUUAUUUUAACCUUGAGUGUACCAGCAGCUUCAGUGUGUUCAUUGCAAACCCCGGUUUUAACAUAAUUCCCCCCGCCACCUGCUCUUCUCUUGUUUUCAGUCUCAUAAAGCAUUGUGCUUAAAGUCUAGGCCGUUUACUGUUUGGUAAGAUCUGUCUCCCCUAAAAUCAGUUGUAUUCUGAUGCAUGCGUAUUGUCAAAGCGCACUUAAAGUCCUGCAUUUCUCCAAAUAAUAAUAGCAUAUCUCAGCAGCAUUGGAAAAUCUGGGAAUGACAAUCACAUACUGUAACAGCAGUGUAAGCUUGGAUAAUACAAUCUGCACAAUAUAUGGGUGCUUUCCCUGCAGAGCUGCAUGGCUGCUCUGAAAUGAAUAGCCUGGCUCACUAUCUGAGGGACAUGUAGGUGCCUUAGCCCGGUGUCAUACCACAUACGUGAACAUGCACACACAAACAGGUCAUACUGUAAUACAACUAGCCAUGUUAAGUGAACAACAGACAAUGCCCUAUGCUGUGUCAGACAUUACCACUGGGAGCUGGUGAUGUUGGAAUACAGUUAAGUAAGCAAUGUAAAGUCAAUCACCAUAUUGUACUGUAUGUAAGUAAGGACAUUUUUAGGGAGAGAUUUGAUACAAAACUUUGCCAAUGUUUCCCUGUAAAGUGCCGUACAAGUGCAGGUUGGAUUUCCCAGAGGAAUUUAAGCAGUAGAUUAAUCUGAAGUUCAUAGUAAAUAGUUGAGAUUUCUCUGGGAAACCCAGCUUUGUUGUGUAUAUUCUGCUUUCUCUUGUGCCAUUUGAAGGCAAUGUCUCGGUGCUACUAUGAGCAGUGCCAAAAACAGACAACCCUCGGGGUCUACUUUUUGGUUUACAUGGAGUCCACAGUUUGUGAUUUGAUAUCUGCUUCUGUCCUCAGUAACAUCUGUACAUUGAACUUUACAUCAGAUUUUUUUCAAGUAGAAAACCCUGUUUAGGAAACAGGUUUUGUAAUAUUGCUGCAGCUGUUUUGUCUCAGCUGCAGGGGGCUCUGAAAACUCUGUUCCUGUAGAUUUGCAGCAAUGAUGAGACGUACUGUAUGAGUAUGGUUUCUGCAGACAGUCAUAUAUAUCAUAUGUAAGGGGAAAUGUUUGAAUGCUAAAUGUUGAUAAAUGCACUUUUAUGUAAUAAAAGAUACUGACAAAACUAUGAAAGGAUGGGGGAGACUUGAAUGACUUGUCUGAGUGUGUGAGCGCGUCCUGCCUCUCAGAGCCUCUGGGGACGCUGGACUGUGGCUAUAACCAGAAUGCACAUGUGCUGCUGAAAGACUGUCACUGCUUGUGUGCAUUUGACAAUAUUUAUGAUCUUUUCGAAAUGGCAACAAAUAAACCAAAUGUGUGAACUUAA